AUGGACCAGCCCGAGAGCUCUCUCCCCCAUGCCGCGGUCCAGAAGGGGCAGACCCCACGCCACGAGGAGCUCGUGCGGCUCAUCGCGCAGUCGCUCUACUCCCUCGGUUACCGGAAGGCGGCAGCCACGCUCGAGGCGGAGUCCGGUGUGCCACUGUACCCCCCGGAGCACGACCGUCUGCUGCUCGACGUAAUGUCCGGCCGGUGGGACGCGUGCGCGGCCACUAUUGACUCUCUUACCGGCAUUACCGAGAGGAACCGUGCGGUUGCCGAGUUUUUGGUGUGGAGAGGGCACUUCCUGGAGCUGCUGGGCACUGGGGACGCUGGUCUACGCCUUGCAACGGAGGUGCUCUCGCGUCGGAUCGCCCCUCUUGCCAUCGACAGAAGAUGUGUGCACUGGCUGGCACGCGCAGUGGUCACGUCCGAGGGCGCGGUUGCACCAGAGGCUGUGGCUGAGUGCAGGAUUGGGCUUUUCUUGGAUUUGGUUGAGGCGUUGCCGCCAUGGUUCCGGGUGCCAAGUGGGCGGCUUGAGCAUUUGGUGGAGACUGCGGUUAUUCAGCAGGUUGCUUCGUGUAUAUACCAUAAUCUGCCGGAUGAGGUCACUCUAUUUGAGGAUCACAAGUGCCAUGAAGAGCAGAUCCCUUCUGACUGUACACAGAUAUUAUGUGCUCAUAAAAACGAAGUUUGGUUUGUAAGGUUCUCAAAUGAUGGGAACUACCUGGCAUCAUCUUCAAGUGAUUGUACUGCCAUCAUAUGGAAGAUGAUUAAUGUCGUCUUCUCUUCCAAUUUUUAUGCUAUGAUAGGAAGAUGGGACUAUAUUCAACUGAGUAGUGAUACAAACCUGGGCUUGGGAAGAUCAUGCUUCUCAUGUGAGAUCUUGGUCUUCUUUCUGGUGGAAGAAGAUGAUACAUUAACCAAGAAGUACUGCCUCGAGGGUCACAAAAGUCCUAUUUCUUUUGUUGCUUGGAGCCCAAAUGAUAGAAUGCUUCUCACUUGUGGUAAUGGGGAAUCUUUAAGACUGUGGAAUGUUGAUACUGGUGAAUGCAAUCUUAAAUUUGGUGCUGCAGUAAAACACAUCAUCGCGUCAUGUGCAUGGUUUCCAAAUUCAGAGAAAAUAGUAUGUGCCAGCUCUGAACCUGAAAGUUCUCCAAAUAUGAUUUUCACUUGUGACCUAGAAGGCCAAGAACUGGAAAUGUGGGCUGGAGAGAGAAUACCCAAAGUUAGUGAUCUUGCUGUGACACCUGAUGGCAAACAUCUAAUCUGUGUAUGUCCCAACGAAAUUUGGUUUCGAGAACUUCGGAAGGGGCGGGAAUGGAAAAUUCCUGAACGGCAGACAAUUUCAUCUCUUUCUCUUUCAGGUGAUGGACAGUCAAUGAUUGUCAACCUUAAUAGUCAGGAAAUUCAUUUGUGGAAAACCAAUGGAAGUUCUAGAGUGCCCGAUAAAUUCAAGGGGCACAAGCAAGGAAAGUUUGUGAUUAGAUCAUGCUUUGGGGGAUCAGACUAUCAUUUCAUUGCUAGCGGCAGUGAGGAUUCACAGACUCACCAAGUUUGUGUUGAAGAGGGCAUGCUUUGCACUAUGGUUCGGAACGCCCCUGACUCUGACGAUGAUGACUUCAUGCCUCCCAGAGCUGAAGUUGCGGGUGCUGCUAACCGGAAUGCAAAGAAGCAGAAAGCCGCACGCAAUAGGGGGAUCACAUGA